UCAUCAUAUUGGUAGUAUAUGAGUUGCUUCCAGCUUCCCAUCAAACCUCUUAACCACUUGAACUUUAUCAUGAGGUUCAUACAAAACGUCCAUCCCUUUGUCAUAACUCCACUUACUACCAAUAUUCAUUUCAUCAACUGAAAUAACGGCAAGUUUUUGUAUUUCCGUCAUUGUUUUUUAUUUUGCCUUCAUCAGUGACAGAACCAAAUGAAAAAUAACCGGCUCACAUUUCAGAUUUUGCGCUCGUUUGUUCUUUGUACUUUUUGAUGGCAGAGGAAAUCCUCUUUUAGUUCGCAAGUAUGAAUAGCUUUUGGUGCUCAUGUUUCUGAGAGUGAAAGCUGACGAUAUGUCUUCAUCGCGCCAUUGACUGACAAGCUUAUUAGUUAUGAGAACAUUAUCUGUGUUGUACUUAGCACAGGUUGAAAUAACUUGUUUAUUUAUGUUAAUGUGAACUUAGGUUCUGUCAUUUCCAUUUCCAAAUUAACCAGUUUCAGUUCUUGAUCGGUCUUUUCCAAAUGCUCUAUUUUUUUCUUUAGCUCUUCCACUUCCUCUACUUGUUAAUUGUAUUUUGUUCAGAACUCUCUUCAGGCUGUGCAAUAAUUUCUUGAACAGAGACUUCUGGAGAAGAGCACGCUUCCAGUAAACAUCGUCUGCGCAUUUGCAAGCAUGCAUCCAUUUCUUCUUCGUUUUUUCUUCUUUUGGGAAACUAAAAUAUCGAAUACCCUAAUUAAUGGUCAUUUUGCUAUUACUAUGACAUCCAAAUACAGCAAAAAUGGAAGGCAUGGCUGCUGGAAGUUAAUAAACGUGACAGAGACCAAGUAAGACUACCUCUAGUCAGGUCAAACCUCGGCCACCGUCUCCGAAACUUAACGUCACGAAAGCUCCGCCCACAUGCGCGUAGCUCACUGAUGAGCCGACCUCUCCGAGUAUAUUUAAAGGACCUUGGUUCGAGUCAUGCGGAAUCGGUCUUGCAACACGUAAACGCAAAGAUUGCAGGGAGGGAUAAUUCCUUAAGAUCUAAUAGAUCAUUUAAAUUUAUUCCCCCUCCAAUGAUAAAGCAAAGGAAAUAUUAUACGACACCGAAGGUCCCUUUGCUGUCUAGACAAAUGAACCCUAAUGUUGUAAGGUUAAGGCCUGGAUUAACCUUGGAUCAGGUUAAAAUGGAGUGCCCUUCAAUGACGUACCAAGAGGCUGCUACGUUAGAAGCAACAGCUUCUUCUGUCUUUCAGGCUGCGUCCUGGUUAGACCUUUGGUCAACAGCAGUGGCGCAAAAUUGCAUCCUCGGAAGCAACAAGGAAAGUAGUGGAUGAACCAUUGUUCAUUAGAUUACUACAGUCAGGGUCCAAGGCGAUUGCGUACCUGACAAACGUAAGUGCCAAUGUUUGGGCAAAUAUCCUGCUAUGAGGGAGAGAUGCAGCAUUGGCUAGACUAAGCCGCAAUGUGGAUUUGGAUUCCCUGUUAGCAAUGAGGAAUGGGGAUAUCUUGGAAUCGCAACUACUGUUGCCAGAGGUCAUACUGGAAGAGGCGAUAGAUAGAAGAAGGAUGGACACUAACGAUAGGUUGGUGCAACAGGCAGUUAGGAAAACCUCUAACAGUCAAACUACUCCUUUGGAGGGAAGACAACAGCAGAUGCCUCGAAAGAAGACAGUGAGACAUAGCAUCCCUAAUAGAGUCACAAGACCCUCUUCCCCAAAGAGGAUAACUCAUCGGCCCUUUCACAAUAGAAACAACAGAGGAAGGGUCAAUAGGGGAAGAGGGAGAGGCUCAAGAAGAUAGGAUGGGCGCCUCCCAUCACUCGGCCACACCAGUGGGGGUUGCCUGGCAAAUCACUGGAAGGUGUGGCAGGAACUAGGGGCAGAGCAGUGGGUGGUGGAUGUUCUCAGGAUCGGGUAUUUGAUUCCGUUCGAGGUAACCCCGCCCCUGACAGAUCAACCAUUACCCCACGUCACUUAUGCCCACAAAUCUCAGAAGGCCACUAUUCUGCAGGACGAAGUGAAGAAGAUGAUGGAAAAAGGAGCUGUGCAACAAGUAUGCAGUCCGACAAAAGGCUUCUACAGCAGGAUUUUCCUGGUACCCAAAGCCAACGGGGAGUGGAGGACAGUAAUAGACCUGUCAACGCUGAAUCUGUUUAUAAGGAAAACCAGUUUCAAGAUGGAAACUCCGAAAACGGUUCUACAAGCAGUCAGAAUCGGAGACUUUAUGCUGACAGUCGAUCUAAAGGACGCAUACUUUCAGAUACCAGUCCAUCAGUCUUCAAGGAAAUUUCUCCGCUUCAGUCUUGCAGGGAAAGCUUUCGAGUUCAAGGUCCUGUGCUUCGGAUUGGCAACAUCUCCUCAAGUUUUUUACAAGAGUGUUCACCCUCGUGUCGGCGUGGUCGCAUGCUCAGGGGAUCAGGCUAAUAAGAUAUCUGGACGAUUGGCUGGUGAUAGCAAAGUCCAGGGAGAAAUUACUCAGGGACAGGGCGGCCCUCCUGCAGCUUUGUCACAGCCUAGGUAUUGUGGUGAAUCAGCAGAAGUCGCAGCUGGAUCCAAGUCAACGUUUGGAAUAUCUGGGAAUGGUGAUAGACACAACACAAGCCUAAAGUAUUCCCGACAGACCAAAGAGUAGAGAAAUGCAAACAAGUGGUGAAUGCCUUUCUGGGAAAGCAGACACAGCCAGCAAGACAGUGGCAGGUGGUGCUGGGAAUCCUAACCUCCCUGGAGAAGCUAGUACCACAAGGAAGGCUACACCUUCGGUCCCUACAAUGGAGGAUGAAGGAGUUUUGGUCACCAACAGUAGAUCACCCGUACGAGCAAAUUCCCUUGUCGGCAGAAGUGAGGAAAGACUUGCUGUGGUGGGUGGACGACGACAAUCUGACAGUGGGUGUCCCCCUUCAACAAUCCUCCCCAGACCUCUUGCUGUUCUCGGAUGCGUCACUAGAAGGCUGGGGAGCCCAUAUGGAGGAGUUGAUGGUGUCAGCAAAAUGGAGUUGCAAGGACAGAGAACUUCAUAUAAACGUGCUGGAGUUGAAAGCAGCUUUCCUGGCUCUACAAGAAUUCAGGGAGAGAGUAAAGGGACACUCAGUGGUAUUGAUGUCAGACAACACCACAGUAGUAGCUUAUAUAAACAAGCAAGGAGGCCUAGUUUCUCGGCAGUUACAUGUGAUGACAGUUCAACUUCACCAGUGGGCUAUAGAGAACCUGGUAGACAUCAAGGCCAGGUAUAUUCCGGGAAAAAGAAACAUAGUGGCCGACAAGUUGAGCCGCAGGGAUCAGAUUCUGGGAACGGAGUGGUCCCUACACCAACAGGUAGUGGACAGGAUGCUCAUGUUGUGGGAAGGACCGAUCAUAGACCUAUUCGCAACCAGGUACAACAAAAAGUUGGAAGUGUAUUGUUCAGUAGUCCCGGACGCAGAGGCAGUAGCAGAAGAUGCGCUACAACACCCCUGGGACAAUCUGGACGUGUACGCAUUUCCUCCAUUUUGUCUAAUCCGUCAGGUUCUGAACAGGGUAAUGCGGUCUCAGAACCUAAAGAUGACCCUGGUAGCCCCGUUAUGGCCGAAAGCAGAGUGGUUUCCAGACCUACUGGAACUCCUAGUAGAUGUGCCAAGAGAGUUACCUCCAUGGAGCAACCUUCUGUGUCAGCCUCACGUGGAGAGGUACCACCAGUCGGUGAAGUCCCUAUCGCUUCACGGGUGGAGACUGUCAAGUAUCUCCUCCGAGAGCGAGGGUUUUCGCAGAAAGCAGCAACUCAGAUGGCAGGUAAUAUCAGAAAAUCAUCUGCGACAGUAUACCAAGGAAAGUGGUCAGCAUACUGUGAUUGGUGUCGUAGAGGGAACGUGUCUCCACUCGGUACCACUAUUCAGCAGUUAGCAGACUUUCUGAUAUAUCUCAGAACAGAAAAACAUAUGUCUGUAUCUGCAGUGAAGGGGUACAGGGCUGCGCUAGCCUCAGUCUUACGAAUGAAAGGAGUGGACAUAUCGUCUUCAUGAGUUGGCCAUGCUGAUGAGGAGCUUUGAACAGUCAUGCCCACCAAAGGAGCUAAAAGCCCCAGAUUGGGAUCUGACCAAGGUACUGAGUAGUCUGACAAAACCCCCCUACGAACCACUAAGGCAGUCCACGGAUAGGAGCCUGACCCUGAAGACAGUCUUCUUAUUGGCCCUGGCUUCAACCAAAAGGGUGGGGGAGCUACAUGGCCUCUCAUAUCUCAUAAAGCACUCGAGAGGUUGGAGAUCAAUGGUGUGUGAGUUUGUCCCAGAAUUCGUGGCAAAGACCCAAAAUCCAACAAUAGUAGACGGCAGAUUCGACUCCUUUACCAUACCUUCCUUGGCAGACUUUGUAGACAACGACAAAGCUGAAAUGCUCCUGUGCCCCGUCAGGGCACUAAGGGAGUACUUAAAGAGAACAAGGCACCUCAGGCCGGGGUGCCAGAGGUUGUUCGUAAGUACAGGACGGAACAAGAAGGAAGUGUCCAAAAAUACAAUAUCAUUUUGGCUAAGGGAGACGAUCAGAGAUGCUUAUACUGCAGAAGACAGAGGGUCAGAUAGCCAGGUGGGAGCUAGAGCUCAUGACAUCAGGGUGUGAGUGCUUCCCUGGCAUUUAAGAAGAACAUGUCUGUGGAUAAAAUUCUGAAAGCUGGCGUGUGGAAGCGUCAAACAACUUUCACCUCAUUUUAUUUGAAAGAUGUUGCCCAUAGAUCCUUGGACACCUUUUCCUUGGGUCCAGUGGUGGCGGCCCAACAAGUGAUAUAGUUCAUCCAGUGCCCCUGGCGGGUCAGUUUGCGUCUAGUCUAAGAUGAAGGUAUGAAAGUAGAAUGAAUGGGAUGACUGGUCUUUUUUCCUUACUACUUUCUUCCUACUCCUUUAACUACGGGCAAUAUGAAGGAGAGUACCGUCAUGUGCUGGAACGGACUAGAUGCAGGUGAGAUGGUCAGCCAUACUGUGAAGCUAUCUUAGCUGAUGAUAUACUUUUCAGUAGCAACACACCCCUCUGGAUAAUAAGGAAAAGAGGGGUGAAGGUGGAUCCAGUCGCAAGGGACAAGAGUAAACAGUAGAAUGGUAUCUACACCCAGUGGGAGGAAACCAAUAGAUCCGCUUAUAUCUUUGGUCCUAGGUUCAUUGUCCAUUCUCUUAGAAUUUCCCUAUAUAUUCGGAAAUGGAUAAGGUGGCAAACUCCCAGUCAGUUGUAGAGACUUACCUCCCUCCAAUAGUAAGUCUAUCCUAAUGUUAAGACCGAAGGUUUGUUUCGUGUAUGAAAAAUACAAAUUAGUUACAAAUUUGGUAUGUUUCAUUGUGAUUUUUCUUAAAAUUUUGUUAAUUGUCGUUAGGUAGUUGAGUCUGGUAUAUUUUCCUCUUGUGAGUCAAGGUGCAGGAGAUGAACUUAUACAGUGCAACUGUCAGAGAGGCUUAUAUGCAGUACUUACAAUAGGCCUUUUAAAGCUAGAUGUGUGUCCUUGAUCUAUAAGAAAAAAUAAAAUAGGAGUUUCUACCUGUAUUCAAGUAGAUUGUCGUAUUUUGUCAACUGCUUUUGUCUUUGCAUGUAAAUUAAGAUGUUUAACUGUUGAAAAAAGAUGUCAACGUUUUUAAUAUAUCAUGGCUGCGGUUUUCAACUGAAAUAUGUAAAGUAACAAAAUACAUAGUGCCUAAGUUUAUCCAUUGGAACAUAAGUCCUACCGUAUUUGAAUGCAUGUUUGAAGACUACUUUUUGGGAGAAAAAAAAAAAGACCAUUGUCAUAUCAGUGGUGAAAUAUGAUUUUGGGGAUUAACACAAAAUAUCAGUAGGUUCUUAUUGUAACUGCUUUCUUAUUUUUGCUUUUUAUUUGCAGAAAUGUAGUCCUCUAUUGUGCUAUAGUGUGUUUCAGUUGAUUAGAUAUUUUUCAUUGAAUUAAAGUUAAGUUUGAUUAGUGUACUACUGUGGUGUAGUGAUAUUUUCGCAUAGAUGGAUGAUUGGUACCGUUUGCUCGGUUGUUUUGCAUAGGCACAGUGUCUUAAAAUGUUUUGUUGCAAGGUACUACGUAAUUGGAAAUUGUGUAUUUUCUUGUUAGUUUAUUUGAAAGUAAAUUAUUUUUCUUUACAGCAGUUAUAGUGAAUAUUACCUUUAAUUUAAUGAUAAGAUUUCUCUUAAGUUAUGGACGAAUGAAUAUAUUGUAUUAUGUCGUAAGGGAAUUGUGAUGGGUGAUAUAUACCUAUCUUAGAAGUCACAGGGGCUUGUGUGUGGAGAUUAAGGAAAGUUUGCCCCCUGUACCCCCCCAUGGAUAUUUUUGAAAUUGGAGUAUAUGAAGCACCUUCAUGUUGUGCAGGACAGCUCUUGAAAGGUAUGGGUCAUCACUCUUAAAGUCAUGUUGUCAUAAGCAUAAAUAGUACUAUAAAACAUCUCUUCCUAUCUUAAAGUCGUUUCUUGUCUCAUUAAGUUCUCUAAAAAAUUUCUAGUGUGACUGGCAGUCAUGUUGUAUGAUGGACAGAGACAAUGGACUAGCCCAUCAGCUUUGCAUUAUGCCAUUUUGCAAUUUAAAUGAACUUAUUUCUUUGAAAAGUGCCACCUGCAGAACAAGCAAAACCUUGUCAAUUCAUGACAUUUUGAAAACUCGUUUUGCUAUUUUAAGUAAAGAAUGGAAAGUACCAUUGCAUAACAUUUUGCUCAAGUUUCAGAUUUAACAGUAAGGGUUGUAUUGAUCACACAUUACAAAGCACUGCAUAUAGCUGCUAAGAGUUUUCAGAAUUUGAUCAUACUUUGGAUGUAUCCAUCCUAUCAAAAAGUUUUGGGAUGUAUUGAUCUGUAUUGUUUUAAGCUUUUGUAUUUAUUUCAUAUUUGUUGUCCUGAUCCAAUAAUUCAGGUUUUCUUGACCACACCUGUCUUACCAGUCGAGCCUAUUGUCGUUGGUGUAGCCGAACAAGGCUUUCUGUACCACUUAAUUUGUCUAUAAGAGAGGCAUUUUCUGUGACCAACGAGGUACUGUGCAGCAUGAAGAGUGACCUGUCCUUGUGCUUCUUCCUACCUCUGAUGUUGCUGUUGGAGCUGCGAUGUGUAAAUUCGAGAAGAACUUUCCUAAGGUCAGAGUGAUUGCGCCACUGCCACCGCUUUGUGCUAGCCAGGUGACCCCCUCAAUUUCAAUCUCCCUUCUAAGCUUCCUCCCUCGGUCUCUUCCCAGCCCUAAACCGUUAUGAAGUCCCCAAAUGGGUGUUUUUAGGUUUCACGAACUUUUGUAGUUGGUAAAUGAGUUUGAAUUUAUUUUCUUAUUAGGGAUAGAGUAUUGAUUACUAAAACAUGUAAUGUUUAUUGUAUCAGGUUUAUUUAAUUUUUUUAAGAUAAUUUUUAUUUUCAUAAACUCAGACUUGCAUCGUGUAUCAUUGGAAUGUAAUACUAGGGUGACAAAACAAAACAAAAAUUUCUUUUGUUCAUCUUAGUGUAGGAGUGAUAUCAACUUCUUCAAAACAGAAUUGUGAGGCUGUUAAAGGAGUUCGUUGGUUGUCCGGUCACAUUCCAACUCUUAUCUCUUCACUCUAGUAAGGUGAGAUGUUAUGAAUUGUGUAAUAAAUGUACAAAUUUA